AUGGCAGAAAAGACAGCUGCAAAUUUACUCAGUAAAUCUUUAGAACAAAUACCCAAAUAUUCAGGCAAACCUGAUCAAAAUGCUGAUGAAUGGCUUAAGGAACUUACAAGCACGUUUCGUAUGGCUGAUAUUAAUGAAUCGCAAGCAAUCAAAAGUAUACCUAAAUUUUUCGAAGGCCCUGCUAAGCAAUGGUAUCUUGAAAAUAAUACAACGUUCGAAUCAUGGAGUGUAUUUAAAGCAGAAUUCCUUCAUACAUAUUCGUCUCCAGAAUUGAAACAAUUGGCAUCACAUCGCUUACGAACUCGUCAACAACGUAUCGAUGAACCUGUUAAUGAAUACUAUACUAAUAUUAUGAAAUUAUGCAAAAUAGUCGAUCCCAAUAUGACUGAUGUAUCCAAAAUUGAUCAUUUAUAUCACGGUAUAAAAUGA